UAAGAACUCAUUAGAGCCACCACACCAAUCCGUUAGUUCUCAACGAUGCAGGUUGCUAUGUGUUAUUUUUCUCGGCCACAGCGACUCACUUUUGAUGCUAAAUACUUCACAAAGAUGCUACUACUAAGGCUAAGGAGUUCGACUUUAGUUCCGAGCAGUUCAUCCCUGGAAACUAUGGAUUUGCUUAAGGUGGAGAACGAUCCAAUUUGAUGCUUCUGUUCUGUUGGAGAUUCGUUGCUCCUCCAAAGAUGUGACUAGAAGCAGGCCAAAAGCAUGCUAUGCGACAUUGAGGUGGUAGAUGGGCAUCAAAGUCUUCUCUUUCUGGUUGCUCCUUCACCAGGAUGGCCUCUCUGAGGAAGCUCCACGCACGCCUUGUAGUACUAGGAUUAGAGAGAGAUGGCCCUUCAAUGUUGAACAUGCUCUCUUCUUGUACUCCAUCAACUUGUGACUUGGAAUAUGCGUGCCUGGUUUUUGAGCGGGUUGAGCACCAAUCCUAUUUCAUCUGGAACACCGUGAUCAGAACUUCUGCCGAGGGAAGUAAGCCUGAAGAUGCUAUUGGUUUCUACAAGCGAAUGAAGCAACGGGGCGUCCAACCUGACAACUACACAUUUCCAUUUGCGCUCAAAGCUUGUUCUCGAUUGGAAGAGAUUGCAGAAGGACGUAAAAUGCAUGGAGAUAUAGUAAAAAUGGGGCUUUCUUCCAAUGUAUUUGUGCAAAAUGCUUUGAUCCAUAUGUAUGCUGCAAAUAAGAAAAUUGGGAAUGCACGCCAGUUGUUUGAUGAGAUGCCUGAGAGGGAUUUGGUGUCUUGGAACUGUUUGAUAUCUGGCUACAGUCAAAACGGCUGCUUGCGGGAUGUUUUGGCACUGUUUCAGGAAAUGCAGUCCCAAAAUGUACUUGCUGACGAGAUUACGAUGGGAAAGGUGAUCUUGGCAUGCACUCAUCUUGGUGAAUGGGGGAUAGCUCGGUUAGUGGUGGAGUACAUAGAGAAGAACAGUGUGAAGUUAGACAUGUUCCUCUGUAACACCCUCAUUGACAUGUAUGGACGAUGUGGUUGCGUCGAUGAUGCGUACAAAGUGUUUGUUGAGAUGUCCAAAAGAAACAACGUGUCUUGGAAUGCUAUGAUUACGGCUUGUGCCAAGGCGGGAGACAUAGCAGCUGCAAGAAAAUUGUUUGAUGAGAUGCCUGAAAGGGAUCUCGUCUCAUGGACAGCCAUGAUUGCUGGCUACUCGCAAGCUAGUGAGUUCUCUGAGGCACUGGCACUGUUCCGCCAAAUGCUGAUAGAAAAUAUCAAGCCUGACGAAAUAACAUUAGUGAGCGUCCUUUCGGCUUGUGCCCAUCUAGGGGCUUUGAAUAUAGGAAGAUGGAUUCACAAUUACAUCCACCAAAACAGGGUAAAAUCCGACGUUUUCUUAGGAAAUGCCUUAGUAGACAUGUAUUGUAAGUGUGGAAGCAUUGACAUGGCCAUUGAUGUCUUCUACAACAUGCCUCAGAAGGAUGUCCUUUCGUGGAAUUCAAUCAUCUUGGGGUUGGCUGUGAAUGGUCGUGCAAGCGAUGCCCUUCAGCUUUUCCCUGAAAUGAUAAGGGUAGGCGUUCAACCGAGUGACGUGACUUUCAUUGGUAUUCUACUUGCCUGCAGCCACGAGGGAUUGGUGGAUCAAGGUUAUGGGUACUUUGAACAGAUGAUGAAUGUCUAUCAUCUGUCACCACAGAUGAAGCAUUAUGGCUGCAUGGUUGACCUUCUUAGUCGGUCUGGACGGCUUGAUGAAGCAUACAAAUUCAUAUUGAAGAUGCCUUUUGACCCUGACCCCGUCCUCUGGCGUACACUGUUGAGUGCUUGUGCUGUUCACGGUGAUGUAGAACUGGCAGAAAUUACUACAAAGAGGCUCCUUGUGUUGGAGCCAAGCAACAGCGACAACUAUGUACUUCUGGCAAAUGUUUAUGCACGUACCGGUAGAUGGACUGAUGCCAUGAGAAUUAGGGAGAAGAUGAAGGGAAGCAAUUUGAAGAAAACGCCAGGGUGUAGCUCCAUUGAGGUCAAUGGGGUUGGUUACAGGGAGCAGAUUCUUGUCUGUAACAAGGAAUAGCAACACUUUUUUUGUCAUUAUUGAAGAUACUAGAGCUCUAUCGAGGCAGAGUUCUCAUUUCUUCGAUAGAUGAAGAGAUAAUUUUCCCUACAUAGACAUGCAUAUGCCGGGCGGAAGAGAGCCAUGCAUCGAGGGCCAGGAUUACUGCUAGUUACUGGCAGACACUUGACCAACAUGGCUGAGGGCACAAGGCUAUUAUGGUUACAAAACAUUGAGGCUACAUCAAAUUGCCAACACAAAGAGGUAUACCUUCAACAAAUUGAUGCCAACAUCGUUGCUGUUAACAACAUUCUCUAAAGAAUAGAAGGAACAUUCAAACCCGCCCUACCAUCAGCAAGGAGGUAGAUCAUGAAGCUCAGCAAUCGUCUGUAAUGAGUUUGACACAGUGUUGUCAUAAGAAAAAUGACUCGAUGGACAACGUAACUGUUGAAAUCCCUAGUUAAGAGAAAAUAAUUGUUUUGUGUCUAAUGUUCAUCAGAUAAGUUUAACUUCAUUUUUAGGAUUUAUAUUAAACAAUAAUUGCAUAUAUUACGAAGGUACUUAGUCAAUAGCAACAAACAUUCCUAAAUUUUCAUUGGAAGGCACAUAGACCGAAUAAUACUUUUCAGAAUUUUUAGAUAGGCUAAAUUAAAAAGAUUUAAAAACAUCAAUAUUUUUCCAAAAAAAAUGUGAGGGGGGUCAUGGCCCCUGCCGCCCCUGCUUAAUACUAUAUUUUGACCUUUUGUUUUGGACAAAACAAACAUCACUUCAAGAAUUCUUUUGUGGAGAGCUCAAUAUGCCACUCAUGAAUCAUGAUCAGAUGGAGCUUUUUUGUAUUCUUGAAGUUCUGCAUUUGUUUGGGGACAAAAUAUUUUUUUUUUAAAUUUUUAUACAGAACAAGUUAAUUUUUUAAAAUUUACAUGUAAAUUAAAAAAAAAAUUGAGGAGGUGCCAAGGCCCAUGGAAACCCUAGCUCUCGAGAAUGGGGUACCAAGACAAAAGUAUAGUCUUGUCAGUCCUCACUAGACAAUUAGACAUAAGUGGAAAAGGGAUGGAUGGGUUUAAGUUUUUUCAAACAGUGCGUCGUAAUUUUCUUACUCACUCGGAGGUUCUUGGUUUUCUUUAUCAGUGGGUCUUACUCACUCGGAUGUUCUUGGUUUUCUUUAUGUUGUUCAAAAUGUUAAAAACAAUGCUAAAAGGAUGUUCAAUGGUGUUAUUCAAUGGUGUUAUCAACUCUUGGUAGUCGAGCCGCAUUAAGAGGCCUGGUGAUCUUAGGAUGAGGUCUAAUACUUCAUUGGGUUGACAAGUCUGCUAUAAGAUUUACUCAAAUGGUAUCCAUGUCUUCAUCUACCUUAACAUUUUGGGCACUCGAUUAACUGUGGUCAGCGUGAGCAGAUUACUCAAAGGUGAAUAGCUGACACAAAAGUGAGUGUUUGAACAUGUGAGUAGACGAUUGAAGAUGGGUCAGAUGACUCCAUGUGACAAUUAGGUAUU